AUGGGAAGAUCCCCUUGUUGUGAUGAGACCGGUUUGAAGAAAGGGCCAUGGUCACAGGAAGAAGAUGUUCUACUCAUGAAUUACAUUCAGAACAACGGCCAUGGAAGUUGGCGAGCCCUUCCUAGGCGAGCGGGGCUCAACAGGUGCGGAAAGAGUUGUAGGUUACGCUGGAAUAACUAUCUUAGGCCUGAUAUUAAACGGGGGAAUUUCUCGGAGGAGGAAGAGCAAGUUAUUAUCAAGCUUCACUCACUUCUUGGAAACAAGUGGUCCAGAAUUGCUACUCAACUUCCGGGGCGAACUGAUAAUGAGAUAAAGAAUUACUGGAACACUCACUUGGCAAAGAAGUUGUUUAAAAUGGGUAUUGAUCCUAAGACUCAUCAACCAUUACCCAAAGUCGAUAUACUCGAUGAGCUUAACCAUUUACUAAACGAUCAAAACUUUAGUAACUUAAUGAGGUUCUAUGGCGACGGUAGUUUUAUUCCACAAGAGAACCUUUCGUUAAAUCGACUAGCAAACGAGAAGCUUAUACAAAACAUAAUGCAAGCAACCAGCCUAAACACAUUUCCACUCCAAGUUAUGAAUGCCAAUAUUAUAAAUAGUCUUUUUGGAAACCUAACUAGUUCAUAUUUGGAAGCAUUAGUCAUGGGCGCCAAUAAUAUUCCCAAUAACAUACCCGGCCUUGGUGAUGCCCCCGGUUUGGGUCCCAACCCUCAAAUGCUUGGCAACUUUUCUUCCCGUUGUGACCCUUUUGAUCUCGGGGGCCUUCUGGUUGAAGACGAAAAUGAAAAUACACUGCCAGCAUUAGUUGCCGACUUUGAGGCCAAGGAGAAAUGUACCCCUAUGAACAACGAACCGUCGUUGGAUUACAUCGGCUCGACAAAUUGGACAAGUUAUUGA